GAUAGUAUACCCGUGGACACGACCCUCCUUGUCUUCAUCCGCGAAUAUGCAAAAUUUCGAGGUACAAAAGCGAUGUGUUAUGAAGGCGAAUGCGGUGCCUGUAUCGUCAGUGUAACAUUCAAAGACAAAACAAUAAGUGUAAAUUCCUGUCUUGUACCGAUACUGAUCUGUGACGGAUGGAAUAUUAACACGAUUGAAGGUAUAGGUAACAAGCGAGUCGGAUACAAUACGAUUCAAGCUAUACUUGCUAAAAAAAAUGGCUCGCAAUGUGGAUAUUGCUCUCCCGGCAUGGUGAUGAAUAUGUACAGUCUCGGAAAGGGUUUGUCUAUGCAGCAGAUCGAAAAUUCAUUUGAUGGCAACAUUUGUCGAUGCACCGGAUAUCGUGCAAUUUUAGAUGCGUUCAAAGGAUUUGCCACCGAUGCACCUCCAUCAAUGGUGAAGGACAUUCGCGACAUUGAGGAGUUAUACAAGAUCAAAGCUUGUCAAAAAUAUGGAAUGCCAUGUAUACGUAGUUGUUACGAUAAGCAAUUUUCUGAUAGAAACACAAUGUUGAGCAUAAAGUUAAAGGACGCACACUUCUACAAAGUUUACACGAUCAAGGAUUUAUUUACGAUAUUUGAGGAAAACCCAAAUGCAACGUAUAUAUUAAAUGGAGGAAAUACUGCACAUGGUGUCUAUCGUUCGAGCAAAAAAGACAUAUACAUUGAUGUAAACAGCGUUCCAGACUUGCAUAAAAUUUCAAAAUCAGAUUUUGGUUUGGUCCUAGGAGGAAAUGUAACCCUUACUACCGCGAUAGAGACGUUUCAGAAAUAUUCAAAUGAUAUCGGAUUUAAAUAUCUAAAUCAGUUGGCCCAGCAUGCAGAAAUGAUUGCAAACAUUACCGUGCGAAAUAUUGGCACCAUAGCAGGGAAUUUAAUGAUAAAAUACCAGCACAAUGAGUUCCCAUCCGAUUUGUAUUUGAUAUUAGAAUCUGUCGGAGCUCAUGUAAUUGUCCAGAAAAGUCCCAGUGAGCUUCAAAGCUUUUUCCUUUAUGAAUUUCUGAAUAUUAAGAUGGAUCAUAAAAUUAUCAACAGGAUUAUGUUAUAUCCGCUACGUGAUAACGAGUACGUAUGCAGAUUCUACAAGAUUAUGCCUAGAGCUCAGAACGCUCGUGGUCACGUCGACGCCGGCUUUCUCUUCAAACUCGACGAUGACGGCAAGGUGUUGGAGUUGCCUAACAUCAUCUUCACUGGCAUCAACAAGCAUUUUUUGCACGCAAAACAUACAGAGGAAGUGUUGGUGGGUAAAUCUGUCUUCGACAAGAAAGCGCAGAAGUCAAUUAUGGAAAUGUUGCAUGCCGAUCUACAACCAGAUCAUGAGCUCCCGUAUUACUCGCCGAAAUUUCGCAAGACUCUCGCCGAAGGAUUAUUUUACAAGUUUUUGUUAAGCAUCAAACCGGAGAAUGUACAUCCUAAUUAUCGUAGCGGAGGCACCUUGUUAAAACGAGGUCUUUCUUUAGGUAAGCAAGAAUACGACACAAAUGAGGACAUAUGGCCAGUGAGUAAGCCUAUGCCAAAGUUAGAAGCUUUUGAACAGACAUCAGGCGAAGUCCGUUAUUGCAAUGAUGUGGGUCCAUAUCUUAAAGAAGUGUUUUGUGCCUUUGUCCUCACCGAAAUCGGUAAUGGUAAGAUCGAGAGUAUAGAUGCAAGCAACGCGUUAAAAAUGGAGGGCGUAAUAACAUUCUUCAACGCCGAACAUAUACCGGGGAAGAACCUAUGUAUUUCUGCCGCCAGCAAGUUGAUGUCCUUACCAGAAGAUGAGUUGCUCUUCGCCGAAAAGGAUGUUUUGUAUGCCGGCCAGCCAGUUGGCGUAAUCGUCGCGGAAACGCAUAAUUUAGCGAAUGAGGCUGCAAAAUUGGUACAAAUUACAUAUAACGAACCUCUGAAAACGAAGCCGGUGAUAAAUAUUGAAGAUGCUCUAAAUUCGCAGGACAAUACAAGAAUCAGGCAAAGUACUAAUAUUCCAGCAAAGAGGAAAGGAACCGAUAUUCACCACGUAAUAAAGGGCGUCUUUCAGUGCGGUAGUCAAUAUCAUCAUACUCUUGAGCCUCAAUCUUGUGUAUGUAUUCCUGUGGAGGAUAGUAUGGAUGUCUAUCCAUCGUCACAAUGGAUAGAUCUCAUUCAAGUAUCGAUCGCUAAUUGUCUUAAGGUUCGAAAUAAUAGCGUUAAUGUGCAUGUCAAUCGACUUGGCGGUUCGUACGGAUCGAAAAUCUCACGCAACGCGCAAAUUUCGUGUGCUUGCGCAUUGGUAUGUUAUAAACUGAGACGUCCAGCGCGACUCAUCAUGACGAUGGAGAGCAAUAUGCAAUCGAUAGGAAAGAGAUAUUCUACGCGUCAAGAAUAUGAGAUCGGAGUAAGCAAUGACGGAAUUAUACAAUAUCUCAACUCGAAACACUGGAGUAACUGCGGUUCUAGUUUCAAUGAACCACAAGCAGCCAUGAUAGCUUCCUACAUGGAAAGAAGCUGUUAUUUAACUGAUACUUGGACGUUCAACGGAUUCGAUGUGAGAACCGAUUUACCGUCAAACACGUUUUGUCAGGCAUCAGGGUCUACAGAAGCAGUGGCUAUAAUGGAAAAUAUAAUGGAGCACAUUGCAAAAGUGACGAACAAGGAUCCAGUAGCGGUCAGAUUGGCGAAUAUGAAUGAAGUGGAUAAAAUUGCAUUAGAACCUAUGAUAAAAGAUUUGUCGAAUAUGAGCAACUACGAGAAGAGAAAAAAUUUUAUUAGUGAAUACAACUUCGAAAAUCGGUGGAAGAAAAAGGGAAUUGCCAUGGUAUUGAUGAAGUACUUGAUAACGAACAAUUAUAAAGGACAAUUCGAUGCAAAGGUGUCGAUUUGCGCUCGAGAUGGUUCGAUAUGCGUGACGCAUAGCGGAAUUGAGAUCGAUCAAGGUAUAAAUACGAAGAUCGCCCAAGUAGCAGCUCAUACAUUGAAUAUAGAUAUCGAAAUAAUCUCUGUUAAAGGAAGUAAUAAUUUGACGGCUCCCAACAAGUCAACUACAGGAAAUAACAUAACUGUAGAAAACUGCGGAUUCGCAACAAUUCAAGUUUGUAAUCGGAUUUUGAAGAGACUUGAACCGAUAAGAAAAGAAAUGGAAAAUCCGACAUGGAAGGAUCUUGUUUUUACAGCAUAUCAAAAUGGCAUUGAUUUAUGUGAACAUUAUGUGUUGGGGACUGAGCAAACGAAGUCUUACUCCCUUUACGGUGUUAGCAUUGCCGAAGUAGAAAUCGAUGUGCUGACCGGUCAGCACAUUAUCAGGAGGGCUGAUUUGAUGAUUGAUGGUGGUGUAAGCUUGAAUCCCGAAAUCGACAUCAGUCAGGUGGAGGGAGCUUUUGUGAUGGGAAUAGGAUACUGGACUUUUGAGGAUCUGGUAUACGAUCCUGAUACAGGAGUAUUAAUGAAUAACAGAUCAUGGAAUUAUAAGCCACCAGGAGCGAAGGAUAUUCCUGAAGAUUUCCGCGUAUACCUACGCAAUUACUCGAACAACGCAAUCGGUAUCUACGGUUCAAUGUCAAUCGAUGAAUCAUCGCUUUGUAUGAGUUACGUGAUUCCAAUAGCAUUUCGCUACGCAUUGAAUUCCGCUAGAUUAGAUGCAGGGAAUACGGAAUGGUAUCAACUGGAUGGACCGUGUACUACCGAACGUAUACUUUUGACUAGUUUAACUGGCGAAAACAUGAUAAAGUUUAUGGAAAUGGAACAAAUAUAG